GCAAAAACAGACCCGUUUCUAAAUUAAGAAGUUGCGUUAGAUAAUAGGCGCUGGUUAACGAUGAAACUAGCCCAGCUAAUGGACCUUAAGCAUGCAGUUUUGAACUGGAUCGUUCUCUACUGCCUGUAUGAGACAGCUCAAACUCAGUGUGUUGGUGUUGACACUGCCUCGGGCGUCAGGACCAUGGCAGAAUCAGAGUAUGCUUGUGCGGCUCUUUCUAUGGGAGAGAAAUCUUCAGAUCUGGGCAAGUUUUAUUAUAUGUGUAAUCAGGGGAGGGCACACAGAUUUACUUGCGGAAAUCUAAGAUGGGAUGCUAGAUCUAAUACGUGCAACUGGCCAUCGGCUGCUAGGUGUGCAGACAUACAUUCUGGGUCGACAGCUUCAGACCAUCAAACUGUUGACACAAGUAAGACUAUCGUGGAGUCCAAGAAUCAAACAUCAGCUCAGCAAGGCUCGUGUGUACAAGACGACAACUGUAAAUUACCCAACUGUUUUUGUUUUGGUGCUAGGCCAACAAAUAUAAGUCUUAAGGAUACGCCGAUGUUUGUCAUGCUGACCUUCGAUGAUGCUGUAACAACAACGGUAUUUUCUCAGGUCUAUUCUGACCUGCUGGUCAACAAUCGCUGGAACUUGUUCAAUCCAAAUAACUGCACUAUCAAGUCAACGUUUUUUGUGUCUCAUCAAUAUACGGACUAUAAACUAGUGCAACAGCUUUACGACAACGGGCACGAGAUAGCGUCGCACACCGUCAACCAUACUGGCAAUGUUGAGACAUAUGGAGAGGUUACCGCGGAGAUAGUUGGACUAAGAGACUAUAUUACUACAUCGACAAACAUCCCAGUAGAGAAAAUCAAGGGCUUUCGAGUCCCUUAUCUGCGUAUUUAUGGAGAUACUCAGUAUAAAGUGCUCCAAGAUUUCAACUUUACGUAUGACUCGUCUAUUGCAAAUGUUGAAAUCCAAGCAGGGAGACUACCUAGCUGGCCAUUCACACUGGAUUAUCUCAUUAAAGAUGUCAACUGCCCUAACAGACCCUGUCCUAAACAUUCAUAUCCCGGUUUCUGGGAGGUCCCUAUGAAUGGUUGGACUGGAGAUAAUGGAUACAGUUGUAGCAUGAUAGAUGGUUGCAGCGUGGACGGCCCACUCUUUGGAGGAUCAGUUGAAGAUUUCUUGCGAUAUUUCAGGCGUAAUUUUUACGCGAACUUUUACCCGCACAAAGUUCCCAUGCAUAUGUUUACUCAUGCUUCAAUGUUCCUAAAAUCACAAAACGCUCUUGAAGCCCUGAGGAUUUUCCUCCAAGAGUUGUGCUCAAAGGACGACGUCUGGCUAGUGAGUCCCAGUCAAGUGAUCAGCUGGAUGCAGGAGACAAUGUCUAAAGACGAACUCAUUUCGACAGCCUUUUCUUGCUGACUUGUUUAAUUUUUGAAAACUCUGAUUAGUUGUCUUCUUAUAUACUGAGUAAAAAGGAAGUACUGUAAUCGUGGAAAAAUUCUAAAUAGAUUUGACGUUUUAGGCUACCCUUCCCGGGUCGGAAAAAAACUUAGUGUUUGCAACUUCUGGUAAAACCAUUCAAUACAUAAUUAUUAAUAUAGCGACCCACGUUUUUAUUUUUAGAUAUUUAGAUAGUAGUUUUUAGUGCAUAAUUUUAUAAAAGCUUGCUAUUAAAACGUGGCAAAUGGCUUUUGGGCAUUUGUCGCAUUCGUGCAAGUGUCCAAUCGGACAUUUGUCGCAUUCGGGCAAGUGUCCAAUCGGGCAUUUGUCGUA